GCAGCUCUGCACUGCACAGAGCCGCAGGGCAGCCGGGUACCCAGAGCCAGCCAGCCAGCACAGGGACUUCAGCCCACUGCCUUGCCAUGGGGCUCGCUCUCCUAGCCCUGCUAGCCAUGGGGCUCCUGGCCCUGAGCUGCUGGGCUGCACCACUCCACUCCAGGCCCCAGGCUGUGAUCACUUUCCCGGGGGAGCUGGUCAGUAAUCUGACGGAUCUGCAGCUUGCAGAAAGCUACCUGCUGCGCUUCGGCUACACGGAGUCCGAGGGGCAGACCCGCAGCAGGCAGGUGUCCAUGGGCAAGGCGCUCAGGAGGAUGCAGAAGCAGCUGGGCCUGGAGGAGACGGGGGAGCUGGAUGCCAGCACGUUGGCUACCAUGCGGGCACCUCGCUGCGGUGUCCCCGAUGUGGGCAGAUUCCUCACCUUCGAAGGAGACCUCAAGUGGGAUCACAGUGACCUCACUUACCGGGUACUAAACUACUCCCCAGACCUGGACGCCUCUGUGAUAGAGGAUGCCUUUGCACGAGCCUUCAAGGUGUGGAGUGACGUGACCCCGCUUACCUUCACCCGGCUGCAGAGCGGCGAGGCCGACAUCAUGAUCCAGUUUGGCACCCAGGAGCACGGUGACGGGUAUCCAUUUGAUGGGAAGGACGGACUUCUGGCCCACGCUUUCCCCCCUGGCAAAGGGGUACAGGGAGAUGCCCACUUUGACGACGACGAAUUCUGGACGCUGGGAACAGGGAUAGUGGUAAAAACCAGCUACGGGAACGCCAACGGGGCUGCCUGCCACUUCCCCUUCACCUUUGAGGGACAGUCCUACUCCACCUGCAUCUCGGAGGGACGCUCCGACGGGCUGCUCUGGUGCGCCACCACACCCAACUACGACACGGACAAGGUGUACGGCUUCUGCCCGAGCGAGCUUCUCUACACCUACGAUGGCAACAGCGACGGUGCCAAGUGUGUCUUCCCCUUCAUCUUCGAGGGGAAGUCCUACGAUGCCUGCACCACAGACGGGCGCUCUGACGGCUACCGCUGGUGCGCCACCACCGCCAGCUUCGACCAGGACAAGAAAUACGGGUUCUGCCCCAACAGAGACACAGCUGUGAUUGGCGGGAACUCCCAGGGCGACCCAUGUGUGUUCCCGUUCACCUUCCUGGGCCAGACCUACAGCGCGUGCACCAGCGAGGGGCGGCAGGAUGGGAAGCUCUGGUGUGCCACCACCAGUAACUACGACACCGACCACAAGUGGGGUUUCUGUCCCGACCAAGGUUACAGCCUCUUCCUGGUUGCUGCCCAUGAGUUCGGCCAUUCUCUGGGCCUGGACCACUCGAGUGUCCGCGACGCCUUGAUGUACCCCAUGUACAGCUACAUCAAGGACUUCCACCUACACCCAGACGAUGUCAGUGGCAUCCAAUUCCUCUAUGGCCGGGGCUCUGGUCCUGUACCAACAGCCCAGGUGCCAGACAUCCCUGACCAGACAAGCACACAAGCCAAGGACACCACAACCCCAGCAGAGCCUGACUUGGCCACGGGGGACGACUAUCCCGUGCCAACUGAGCCCAGCCCUGUGGACCCCAGCAGUGAUGCCUGCAAAGUGAAUUCCUUCGACGCCAUCACCGAGAUCAACGGGGAGCUGCAUUUCUUCAAGAGUGGGAAUUACUGGAAAAGCUCUGGGUCCCGGAAGGGGACAAUUCAGGGCCCAUUCCGGAUCUCGGCCACGUGGCCAGCCCUCCCGUCCCUCAUCAAUGCCGCCUUCCAGGAUGUGCUCACCAAGAAGCUCUUCUUCUUCUCGGGUCGGCGUUUCUGGGUGUACACAGGCAGCAGCGUUGUGGGCCCCCGCGGGAUCGAGAAGCUGGGCAUUGGCAAGGAGGCAGAGCGGAUCUCGGGGGCCCUGCAGAGGGGGCGCGGCAAAGUGCUGCUCUUCAGUGGGGAGAAGUACUGGAGGCUGGACAUGAAAGUCCAGAAGGUGGACAAGGGCUACCCACGUCUCACGGAUGACACCUUUGCUGGCGUGCCCCUCAAUGCCCACGAUGUCUUCCUCUACCAAGGAAAGUACCACUUCUGCCAGGACCGUUUCUACUGGCGAAUGACUCCGCGCUACCAGGUGGAGCGGGUGGGCUACGUGAAAUAUGACAUCCUGAACUGCCCAGAGCAGUAGGGCCCAGGCGACUUCACCUGCACCAGAGCCGGCCAGCGCCUCUCCCCGCCAGCCGCUCGUUCAUCCCCGCACCAGAGCCGGCCGGCACCUCUCCCCACCAGCCGCUCGUUCAUCCCCGCACCAGAGCCAGCCGGCGCCUCUCCCCGCCAGCCGCUCGUUCAUCCCCGCACCAGAGCCGGCCGGCGCCUCUCCCCGCCAGCCGCUCGUUCAUCCCCGCACCAGAGCUGGCCGGCGCGUCUCCUCGCCAGCCGCUCGUUCUUUCCUGCAGACUCUUGUUUUUUGUUGUUUUGUUCCGUGUGGCAGCCUGAGUCCGGCAGGGGAGGUGAAGGAGGUGGCACGUGGAAUCUCUGCCCAGGGCCUGCCUUCCAGCCCCAGACGGGUCCAGGGAGGGAUGGGCCCUGCUUUCCAGAGACUCUGAGCAGCCUAGAGGUGACAGCCUCUGGGAGCUGUAAUAUCCUGGUCCCUCAGCGCCAGCUGCAUCCUGAGGAAGUAGGGGGAACAGGAUGCUUUAGCUAAAGGCUCUCGUCCCUGGCUCGGGUCUCUGCGGGUGGCGGCCCCAUGCCUGCGUGUGCUGUGCGAAUUGGUUUGCCUGGUGCAAACUGCUCAGAGAUUUAUAAGCGACUUUGUCUUUUUCCAAAGUUGAUUAAGUCCGUGUCUGUCUGUCUGGGUUUGCUCAGGAGCUGGUGCCUGCGCACUGGGGGCCUGGUGGGUGCCAUCAGCCUCAGUGGGUGCAGGGAGUGCUGGGCGUGGCCCUCGCUCUCUCUCCUGCUGUCAUUUUUGUACCUUGUACAUUUUUAAUAAAGAGAAUCCUGGAGAAACAC